GGAUGAGAAAAGAUAAGUGUCCUGCACUGCAAAUGGCCUCCUGCUCGACAUUUAUUGUUUGCUAGUCUGGAGUCAGCUUUGGUGGAUGAAGAAGGUUGAUGACUCUAAGAUGUUUGACAGAAUCAAACCAUCUGAUGAAGCUUCUGCUUCUUCAGCACAAGGAAUUGAAAGACAUGGUGUUGAAGGCUCUCUACAACAGGACAGCAAUAGCAGUUUACACACAAGAGGUCAAGAACAUCCUCGGCCAGGAGUAGCCACUGUGCAAAAUAGACAAGGAUACUGCAACUGUUGCCACGUACACUACAGUAAUCUGGAACAGCAUAUUUUCAGCUCUCAGCACAGACAUUUUACCACUUACUGUAGGAAUCGUAUGGGUACCAGUAGCUUGAUGGAGCGUUUCCUGCAAGAUGUUUUACAGCAUCAUCCGCACAGAUACCAUGACAACAGACCAACCUAUGAUGACAUGCCACUCCCCGUCACUCCAGAGGCUGCUAGGAUUGCUCGCCUGUCCGCAGAAGAGAUGGAGAAAAAGAGGAACAGAGACAGUCAGGAGAUUUCCAGCAAAGAUCAGGAGUCCGUUGGUGAAAUAUGCUCUUCUGCUCCAUGCCUGUCUCAUGAGAGCACAAAGAACACUUCUGUAACACAAGCAUUUAUUCAAAAACUAGAAAGAGGGCAGGAACAUGUUAUAAGAAUAUCCCAGCAGUCUAUGGGCAUUUGUAGCAAUGAGAAAUUGGAUACCCUGAAAGGUGGUCAAAUUGCAAAUCAUAGCCGUGAAGGCCAGUUUACAGCUGUGAGCCCUGUACCUCAGCGUUUUUCUGUCAGUCCUUUAAUCCAUAGUUCUUCUGUUAAUCAUAAAACAGGAAAAAAUGUUAGGCAUUUGGCAGCAUCAAAUCUGAUUCCGCGUAGUGGAUGUGAUAAAACAGGAAUGGAGGUAUGCAAUAGUGAUGUGUUACUGAACCCAUGCUUGAAUCCUGCUCCGGCACUGGUUCACCCAAAAUGCCCUUCAGUUUCUCAUCAGAAUCCUAUGUGCAGCCACAGCCAUUCUUUAUGUAUUACCUCAGGUCAAUCUCUCUCAAAACGAGAUGGUUUAGAAACUCAGGAUGAAACUUUGGUGUCUGAUUUCCAUCUCAGGGAUACUGUGGGUAUCAGCAGCUCCCUAGAUCUUGGGACAUCCCCACAACUAGCAAGAUGCAAAAACAUGAAGACAAACAGAGGUGAUGAAAGUUCAGUGGAUGAAACUAUUGAAGAUGUUAUUUUGAAAUACUGCCAUGGAACUACAUCUGAAGAAAUUUCUUUCAAAGAGGAGAAUAAUCCCUGUUUAACUUUUUCAUCACUUCUGGACCAUACUCAUUUAGAGGGUUCUGAAAUGAGUUUUGACUGUGAUGCACCUAUUCAGGCAGGAACAGACUUACCCAAGGCAGCUAGAAAAGAUAUAGAAUUCCUAAAAGAGGUCCAAAUAAGUUUGCAAGAUAAAGACUAUGGAACACAGCUCUCUUCUGUUUUAAAAAGUGAGUCAGUAGAGAAAAUAGAAGCAGUGAAACAGGAUGUUGUAGUUCAUACUGAAGAACCAGUUCUUCCAGCUCUGCCUCAUGUGCCUCCUUCUUUUGUGGGAAAGACUUGGUCUCAAAUAAUGUAUGAAGAUGAUAUAAAAAUUGAAGAACUUGUGCGUGAUUUCAGGGAAGGUCGUUUUCGCUGCUACUUUGACAGUGAAUCCUCAGCCAACUGUACAGGGAAGAGAAUGAAGAAAAAAAAGCAGAAGGAUGAAAAAAAGAACAAUAUUGUUGAGGGUAAUAGAACAGAAAGUGCAUUGGUUAAAGCAUUGCCAGAAUUUAAUGAUGCUUUAAGUGGUGGCUCUGAUUUUGAUAACCCAUCUUUAGCCUCAGAUACACUAUGCAACCCACAAAUUCUUAAAAUGCCUAGGAAAAGGACAUGGCGCCUGGCUUCAAGAUGCCAGGUGGUUAAAGUCAGCCAUGGCACCCAAACAAGUCUAUUGAACUACCCUGUAGCAAAAAGAAAAAUGUCUAGAAGGGAAUCUGAUCCAGCUGAUCAGAAAGCAAGCAUCGUGUGGCCGGAGAAUGAAAAAACUCCAAACAUGAAAACUAGACUAUGUGCCCUUAAACUUCCUGAAUCCUAUAGCAAGAUUAUGAGUCCUGUACAGCCCAAGACAGUGGUGUAUGUACUUUCGUGCCCAGAGAUAAAACAGUGUAAAGGUAAACCUAUAGAUAUUCCCCAAAUGAGGAAAAAUCGUAACUCCACAGAUAGCAAGGACUCUGUAAGGUAUAAAUACAAACAGUGUUCUUUUAAGUAUUAUGACCCACUGACAAAUCGAAUUCUGAAAACGCCUCCAAAGAGUACAGUUGGAGAAAAGGCCAAAAAGCCCUCCCAUGUUCGACAGCUUUUCAGAAGUCUCAGCUUUGAUGCAAACAUGAGGAAACUAGCAGAUGCACAGAGAGAAAGCACACCAUCAAAGUCACUCAAUUGGCCAGACUUCUAUAGUUCAUCUUCAGCAUCUUUCCUGCCAGAUCCAGGUAAAGGGAAUGAUGCAGCAUCAAGUCAAAAGGCAGAUGGAUCUUCUGUUUCCACAGAAAGAACAGAUUGUCUGGUAUCUGGUCAGUCUGAGAACUCUUUUAAACACCUGAUCAUUUCACCUUUGAACUCUCACCAGUCUGCGGUAGAAGGAGAUAGUAGAUUAACACCAUUUUACAGUAGAGUUACCAAAACUCCUCUGACCUCCAUCAGGAGUGAGUGGUUAGAGAGGGAGAAUCCAAAGGCGAUAUGGAAGAGAAAAGAAGGCACUAAUAAAGAACCAUUUUUUUCCAAAAAGGCUGCAGCACCUAUGUCUGUCAGAUGUACUGUUGGGAGGAGAGGAAACAGAGUAACCGCAGGCAAACAAACUUCCAGAACUAAAAAACAGCAAAAAGAGGGGAUGCGAAGGAAACUUCGUCCUCGUGCCCAGAAAUCUUCUGCUUUCUCCAUCCAUAGGUGCCAGACAAGGAAAACUACAGUGGGAAAGCACCUUAAGAAAGAAAAGCCUGAUGCUAAAAAAUUAAAGGUGAGGAGGAAACCAAAAAGGACCUUUCUGAACUCAACAGUUGUCACAGGGAUUCCUGAAAAGAGGCAGAAAGUCACAUCGGAAUCUUUUCCCAAGAAGCCAGAGCGAGCUUCUUCCAAAGUUAGGAACUGGGAAGUAAGUGGAGAUCGGGGUCACCCUAGCACUGUGAACCAACCCUCUAGAAGAACUUCUGCUGUACCGUUACUUCGAAACUGUCUUGUUCUACCAGGUGAGAGCUAGGUACCAAAAGAGCUUUUUUUUUUUUUUUUUUAAUAGCCAGCACCUGGAAAAAGAUUGAGGAAAAGGAGAGGGAACAAAAGGAGGUCAUAGACGAAGCAGUUGAAGUGCUAGAGCUGCAGAAAGUGCAAAGCCAGUCUAAUGUGAAACAAGUACAACUGUAAACUUGGCUCUUGUUCCUGGAAUAUGGGGACAUAAUGUAUUGCACUGGUCUACUGUGUAAAGCUGCAGAAGUUGUGCAUUUGAGUUAAAAAGCACUUAGAAUCCUAUUUACUAGACUUCACCUGUACGUCAGAAAAAUGAGCUUGAAUAGUAUCAUAUUGGUUUUAUGGUAUUAUCAGUGCGUAAUAGUGCACUAUAAUAAGGUAAAUUAGAAGCUGUAUUAAUUAAUUGUGCCUAUUCUCAUUUUUCCACGUAAUUCUAAAGUGCAAAAAAUGGCUCAGUUGUUAUGCUAGAAAUUAAAUGAAGAUACAUUAAUCUGGGCUGAAUUCUGUGUAUGUAUUUUGCGUUUGUGUAUAUGCACACCUCCUUCAACAGGUAAUAUAUACUUGCCUAUGGAGUGGCAUUAAAAUUAAUACAGUAUGAUACAAUUCAGAUCAAUUCAGUGCUUUCUUGAAAUGAAAUGUAAUUGUACAUGUUUUCAUAUUGACUUUUUUCCCUGAAACCGUGUCCAAAGCAGUUAUUUAGUACAAAAAGUCACUGCGGGCUCUCAUCAAGCAAUAAUGGACCAUGCCGGUAAGGAAAUAUGUCUCUCUAGGGCACUAUUCAAAUGGUGGUGGUUAAAGUGAAGUCUCAAAUUCCAAAAGAAAUACAGGCUUAGGGUUUGGGUUGGGUUGUUGGUUUUGGGUUUUUUUUUUCUCUUUUUAAAUGGCUUAUUGAUUAAGUUUAUAGGUGAAUUUCACAUUCCUUAGUGGGGGGAUGGCAAAAUUAUAAUACAAACAAAUAGCAGUGAGUUGUUCUAGAAUUUCAACCUGAAAUUUGAGUUUCUGUGCUUUUUUGAUUUUAAUUGGGUGUACUGUUGGUUACGUUUUUAUGUACUAUAGUUGAAACUUUCUUUUUAAACUUUCAGUAAAAUAUUUAAAUAAACCUAAAGCAGCAUCCAUCUAAAUGUAUUAGAGUUCAAAUAUCUGUUAAACAGGUAUUUAAAUCUGCUUAAAAAUAUUUAGUUGAAUUAAAAUUAUAUUCCUUAGUGAUUCAUGUUUGGCCACUGAUGCUCUAACUACUGUGAUUUUAUGGCAAAAAAUACCAUAAUAUUGUUUUUUAGUUUUUUCAGGGUUUUUUUAAUAGUUAUUAUGCUUAUUUAAUGUGUUUAGGAGACAUAAACCCCAGUCUUGCAGAUGUUUCAUGUUUCUAAAAUCCAAG